GUGGGCUUCCAAACAACAUGGCGAAAUCGAAGGACAAAAAGAAGGAGAGCGAAAGUGGAGAAGCAAACGAUACUACAGUUGACGAAUCAAGGACUGAAGAACCUACCUUAGACUACGAUGAGCUUGUUAAGAGAGUCUGUGCGAUUGCAAAGCCACUUGCUGGAAGAAAACUCACAAAAAGAUUGUACAAAACAGUGAAGAGAGGUUAGCGUCAUAUGUCAGAAGGUUUGAUUGAACUUCUAUGUAAGAAUAUUAUUAUCGGAUCAUGUAGUCGUGAUUCGCUUAUUACGAUGAUCUUUAUAUCCAAAACAAAUUUUUGGUUACCGUAUAAAAGUACGAUUUCUCGUGGUUUAUUUAGAAAACGGUGCAAAAUUUAUAAGUUGAAAGUUAUCCAUAUGCAUUCUCGAGGUCCAUUAUGGUCCUAAGUUAUAGAAGAAUUUUUUUUGUUGUUGUUGUUUUUGUUGUUGUUGUUUUUUUUAAAUCAAGGUUGAUCUUGAUAUUAAACUUUCAAGCAUCAAGCCGUGUUAAAAAAUUACAAAAUCUGUAUAAUUUUGCCCAGCUGACAUGAAAGCGAAUAAUGUUGUUACUGGUACAUGCACGUUUCUGAUGAUCAGUGAUAUUAUAAAUAACGCCUCAAACAAUAUACGGUUGGUUGUACAAUACUUUGAUGAAUGUUAACGCAACAAAAAUAUAUGGUCGCUUAAUUUUUUAAACAGUUCAACCGUAAUUUGCUCUGAAUGAUUACUUUGCAGCUUCUAAAGUUAAGAGUUUAAGAAGGGGAGUCAAAGAAGUAGCAAAAGCUUUAAGAAAAGGAGAGAAGGGGUAAGAUUUUUUAGUGGUCUACCUGCAUGCUCAUUUUUGGUUGAAAGUAAGUUGACACUAAUGCUACAGUGGAACCUUGAUAAUUGAUUAAAUAAAGAACUUUUAUAUAACUAAGUCCUUGAUAUAAUGAAUAAUUUUCCUUACCCCAGUGAUAGUAAAUUAUAUGGGAAAGAGCCUCAAUAUACAUGUAGCAAAAAAUAUUGCCAGUCCCUUAGCCCUUCAUCAUAUCAAGGUUCCACUGUACUGAGUCUUGAUUUAAUGCUUUAUUUUCAUUACAAUCAAAACAUGAGAUAUAGUCAGGGCUUCUGAUAUUUCGCGUGGUCGAGGAGCCGCGAAGUUCAGGUAAAUCCGCGAAAUCCUGCGAAAUUCACAAAAACGCGAAAAAUACCGCAAAAUUCGGUAGAAAUCUUAUCAAAUACAUGUCUGUACAACAUAUUUGAAACUGUAUUUCAGCUAUUGGGGCUAUUUACUUGCUGUAAACUUGCCAAUUUAUCUUAGAACUUUGUCACUGAAACGUGCAAACAACAUCCCAAAACCACUAGGGUAAGAUUAUGUUGCGAAAAACUGGCACUAACCAUGAUCUUAAAGGCUUUGCCAUUGGUUCAUUUCUGGAGCGUAUUGUUGUUGAAAGAGCAAAUGAUGACCUCUGUUAGAAAAACAUUAAAAAUGCUGGUCUGAUCAGCGCAAAGCCGAUUGAUUCCUAGCGAAAUUUGCCUUGGAAAUGACAUCAAAUCGGCCGUUUUUUUCUAAUUGCUUUUUGGUGAAGUUUGCCCUGAAAACUCCAGCGAAAGUACCGUGAAAUUGGCCAAUUUUUCUGCGAAUUUGUCCCUAAAAAUCCCAUAAAAUUUAACUUUUUCUUCCGCGACCUGUCAGAAGCCCUGUAUAGUGAAGAUAUACAUGAGAUAUAGUGUCAAGAAUUUUAAGAAUGACUUCAGGUGAACAGAUGAAGACAGACAGACAAAACAGUGUGUCCAGCGUUUGAUAUGCUGUAGUUUAUCAUUGGUCAUUAAUUCAUGAAGAAAUUUCCAGCUAGAUUUCACAAAUUUUAAGGUACACUGUACUUAAUAUUCUAUAAGUAAACCUGGUAGGGAUAGGCUUUGUUUCCUUCCAGCUAUGAGUUAUUGGCGCAAUAGAGAUGCAGGUUCUUACAUGUACAGUAUGUUGCCCAGUAUCCGGACACUUCAGUUUAACAUUGCAAUAGCUUUCCUUUGUUAGUCGCAAGAGCUCUGAAAUUUGGCCCAGAGAAAAUCUAUUUAAUCCUCAAUAUGACAAAAGACAGUUUAACUUUUUUGCCUUUGUUUCCAUCGCGAAAUUGAUAUUUUUGCAGAGCUCCUAUGUUGCCCAGUAUCCGGACACAACAAUAACAACGUAAUUGUACAUAAAUUUCGACAGGCAAGCGAAGUAUAAUCUUCUCUUGCACUUGCUAAGUAGUCUGGCAAUCGAUUCCAAAAAUAUAUAACCUAGUAUCGUGAAAUAAAACAUAACAAAUGACUCGGGUAUGGUGGGGAAUGCGAGCGGUUGUUAAAUGGCUUACUUCCUUCUCUAGGAACUUUUUCACUGAUUUAAGGAAGACAUCCGUGGACAUUCCGAAGCCGCGGUUUUCUAGCUCAAUUAGCCAAUCUGCAAACGUAUUUUUUUCUUCCUUUUUUAUUAAAAAAGCUUGGGGAAGGGACCUCAAUGCGACGGUCAAAGGUCACUCUCCUAUUUAGUCUGACCUGCAGUGUUGAUUUCUUCAUGUUCAGUCCCUACAGACCCUACAAUAAGCCCGCUUUUCUAGCACUAAUUCCUCCUUCUUUCCCAUCUGUCAAGCCAUUUGAGACAUUUUUCAGACCGUUGCAACCCCUUUUUGCGGUCACAACUGGAGAAAGUAUGAGAAUUCCACGUUCAACUCUAACGCUUUCGGUAAAAUAUAGAAAAUGCAGUCACACGAAACAAGAGGCGCACACGAAAUCAAGUCGCCUCCGAAUGAGUGAAGAAAAUUUCCGUACGGAGUUGAGUAGAAUUACUUUUUACGACUUUAUCAUAUAUUCUAAGCUUUAAUUAUAGUUAUAGAUAUGAAAUAAAUGUUAUCCGGAUAAGGUACAAAGCUAAUUCAUCGAUUUUGUACAGCAAAGAAAAAACUGUCCGGAUACUGGGCACCUGACAUCAAUACUUAGUGAAUGUUUCUGGGCUCCCAUAUUCCAAACAAAUCGAAUUUCAAGAAGAAUUAACAAACUUUCUGAGAACCUGACUUCUUUAAGUAUCUUCACUUUAAAUAUAAAACCGUUUCUUUGAAAAUAUCACAUAUUACCUGCCCUUUUCAGAGCAGCACUAAGUUUACUGCGCAGUAAACAGGGUAAAUAUUAGCCAUGAAAUGUUUAUUCACCUGAACAGAACCGCGUCUUCUGCGACUGUUUCGCAAGCUUUCAACGCGCCAAAACCUUCAUCUUAAAGCUGAAAUGUUCAGCUUUCAUUCAAAAUACUUCGUUUACCGAUAAGUGAAAAGGGCACCUGAAAAAUUGAGUUUUUGUUUUAAGUGCCCGGAUACUGGUACCGUCUGGAUACUGGGCAACAUACUGUAUUUGUUUAAGUAUUGUGAAAUUCCUUUGGAUCAUAGACUAUUCAUAUCAUUACUUCCAUGCACUGGCAGUAAACAAGUGUAUAAACAAGUUUUGAAAGAACCUUUCUUUAAUUGCUUCAAUCUGGGGAAAAAAAAAGGUAGAUUCUGUUUAUCAGGCAUCACUGUUUAUUGAAAACUCUAUCUUCAGCUGUAGUGUUGCUGUUUAUAUUAUGUAUCUGAAAGAACUGUUUACAUGAAACUUACAUUUACCUAUCUGCUAUUAGACUGUAGAAUUUUUUAUACAUUUUACUUGAUCAGUAAGUAUAUUGACAAAUAAGUCAGUCAAUACCUGUAAGUUCAUGAUAUUCUUUAUAAUCCUGAUUAAAAAACGUGUCAGGUAAAAGGUAUACUGAAUAAAGCAUGAUUCUGUUUGUGUUUUAGGUUCGUGGUUAUUGCCGGUGAUAUCUCCCCCAUUGAUGUCAUAUCACACAUCCCAGUAGCAUGUGAAGACAACAAAGUUCCAUAUGCAUAUGUUCCUUCUAAGUUUGUGAGUCAUGUUUAUGUGUUUUAACCUUCACUACAAUAUGUUUUUCAUUAAGUGUAAGUACUGUUACAGGUGUUAUUAAAUCUUCUACUCUGAAUUUAUAUUCAUUGAGUCAACUCCUUCUUAGACAGACACUGUAAUGGGAACCACUUAAAUUGUCUAAGUCUUAAAGAGGUGUCCAUCUUAUACAAAAGUAACUAAAGAACUGCAGAGACCUUGUAAUGUUAGCGAGGUGUCUAUCUCAAUAAUUUUUAUAGAGGUGUCUAAUAAGGCAUGAAGUCACCAUGUUGAUGUAAAAUUUGCUAGAGUGUUUCUGGACUUAAUGAAAAAAAACAAAGACAAAAUCAGCAAUUCCUCACUAGUGAAGAACACAUAAUCAAGUAAAGGAUACUAAGGGACGGACCAUUCAAAAAGUUAUGGGGGGAGUGGGGAAUUUUUGAGCCGCGGGAAUUUUUUUUCGUUAGCAAAUUCCUUGUAUGAAUUUUUGUCAGGCCGCAGCAUGAAUAUUUUUUAGGGUUAAUUGGCGUGCAUGAAUUUUUUUUCAUUUAAUUUUCCCUUGUGCGAAUAUUUUUUUUGUACCUCUCCCCCCCCCCCCCCACCAUCUGGUCCGUAACAUCUGAACCACCAUGAUACUCUUUGUCACUUGUUCACCCAUUCCAGGGCUUGAAAAUUAGAUUUGAAAUUAAAGUUGCAUCUUUGUCUUAUUAAUUAGCUUAUGAUUUGGUUAGAAGAUGACUUGCCUGAACCUCCUGCCCAUCAAGGAAAUGAGCAUGAAAAGUUAUAGUCUGAAAUGUCAUUAGUCCCUUCGCCUCACACCCCCCCCCCCCCCCCCAUGGGGUGGGGCGAAGCGACAGAUGACAUGUCAUGUCAGACUAGAAAAGUUACAUAGUAACCUGACAGGGCUUUUUUUAAUCCCCACAUCACUUAGAGAGGUAUCUGUCAGAACCAGAUUCUUUUGAAUCUUUAGCUUUGCUACUUCGCUGUUGACAGUUAGAUGGUGUUUAUAAUUUCAGGACCUUGGGGCUGCAAGUCAAACUAAACGACCCACAAGUAUCGUAAUGGUGAAGUCCCAUGAUGAUAUCAAGGAACACUAUGCAGAGUGUUUAUCAGAAGUCAAGAGUCUCCCUCUUCCUUUGUAGAUGUCUUUGAACAUUUGCCACCAGAGCUGUUAUUUUUUGUCAUGAUGUAAUUGAAGGGGAUGGGAAAUAAGGCUCUAACUGACUCCUGGUCUAAUGCCAAAUUCUCCCUUGAAUUAGCUAGCCUCAAACCAGGAAAACUGAAAGGAGAAUCUAGCAGUAUUUAUCCCAAACAUUUUUAAUGAACCCUAUAGUGUAAAAGCCCCUACACAUACAAAGUCUCCAGACUGAUCCAAAUCAAUAACUUAAAGAAUUAUCGUUAACGUAACAUCUCUCUUGAUGAUGUAUUGAUAAAUUGUUGUUUAGGAGAAUAUUGAUGUUGGUCACUCUUAAGAUAUACUGUACAGGAUUUAAGUGCAUUUACAGGAGCAAGUUUUGCAUAAACUUUUAGCUUUGAUAACUUUUGCAGAAACAAGCAAGAAGUAUUUAGUCUAAAGCUGACUAUGU